AUGACCUGCCCCAAGAGGUUCAUCAGAGUCGGUAGUCCAGAGAGACCAGUGGAAAGGGUCGCGACCGACUAUCAAGGGCAGCCCGGGCAACAAGAGGCAGAGGUCUCCCGAUCUCGGAGCAUCCAUGAACUCUAUGGUGUGGGCGAGGAAGCAGAAGCGAAUGCUCCUGCCACACCUGUUUCGAUCAACAGCAGUGAGGAUCCCACGACAAAGUCUGCGGCUCCUUCGAGCUCCGGCCAGGACGGUGAGGAUCCCACGACAAAGGCUGCGGCUCCCUCGAGCUCCGGCAAGGACAUCGUGUUGCAGUUCUUCGACAAGACGAUCUGCAAAUAUGUGACUGAGCUCAAGGACGGGACUCGGAAGGUGCAUCAUGUUUUCAAGGGCGAAAACGGGUUCCUGAAGUGCAAGGUGUUUGGCAAGUUGAAAGAGCUCGACGUGCCGAACAUCAUGCUGGGCACGGAGACGAGG